AUGCCAAGCUAUAGACCGCCAUGGCUCGCUCAAUGGAUCAUUGGUGUAGCAGGCGCCUCGGGCAGCGGCAAGACGACCUUUGCUCGUGAAGUCGUUGCUUCUCUCGGUGUACCCUGGGUCGUGAUUGUCUCUCUUGAUUCCUUCUACAAAGUCUUGACACCAGAGCAAUCUGCUGAAGCGCACAAGGAUAAUUAUCAAUUUGACCAUCCUCAAGCAUUUGACUGGGACUUACUCAUUCAAACACUCGAAGAUCUCAAGGCUGGUAAGCGGGUAGAGAUUCCAGUGUAUUCAUUCGCCAAACACGCGAGGCUACCGGAUGCCUCUGUUCCUUUAUAUGGCGUCAAUGUCGUUGUCCUCGAGGGCAUCUACGCACUACACGACGAUCCACGGCUACAGGCAUUGUUGGACAUGAAAAUCUACCUAGACACCGAUUCUGACGUCUGUCUGGCCCGUCGUCUGGCGCGUGAUACACGCGAACGCGGGCGCGAUUUGAAGGGUAUUCUGGCGCAGUAUAGUAAAUGGGUCAAGCCAGCAUUUGAUGCCACUGUGCGUCCUCAGAUGCACAGGGCAGAUGUCAUUAUCCCGCGAGGAUGUGAUAACAAGGUGGCGCUGAAAAUGGUUGUUCGGCAUAUCGAGCAUGCACUGGCAAAGAAGUCUGAACAGCAUCAACAGCACCUGGCACAAUUGCGGCAGACGUGCUCGCAAGACGGUCAAACGGAGGCGGAUAAUCUGCCAUCGACUGUGUCUGUAUUGGAGCAAACGAAUCAGGUGAGAGGAAUCCAUACAAUCAUCAGGAAUGGCAAAACGGAACGAGACGACUUUAUCUUCUACCUUGAGCGCAUGGCAACACUCAUCGUUGAGCGAAGUCUGGAAGGUCUUCCGCAUACUGAGAAGCACGUUACAACAGCCUGCGGUCAGUAUCGGGGUGCACAACUUUCGGUGCCUAUAACAGGCGUCUCUAUCAUGCGUGCUGGUGAAAUAUUCGAGGUGGCCUUACGACAAGCAAUCAGAGAUUGUCAGAUUGGCAAAUUACUGAUUCAGAGUGACUCUCGUACAGGUGAACCGCGCUUGCACUACCUCAAACUGCCAAAGGGUAUUGCCUCCCAUCAAAUCUUAUUGCUGGAUGCACAAAUUGCUAGUGCAGCCACUGCCAUAAUGGCCGUACGUGUGUUGUUGGAUCACGGUGUGCCGGAAGAGCAAAUCACGUUUGUUGCGAUUCUUGCAAGUGCAUUGGGUGUGAGGGCGCUUGCGAGUGUGUAUCCAAAAUUGAAGGUGGUUGUGGGUGCUGUUGACGAGGGACUGAUGGGUGUUUCGAAUCACAUCAAGCCUGGUGCAGGGAAUUUGGGCCAGAGAUACUUUGGAGCAUAG